CUAUAUAUGAUGCUAAAAAUACAAGGAACUGAAAAGGGAAAAGCAGCUUUUACGUGGAAACAAUUGGAAAAGAUAUUUGAAAUCUAUUUGGAACAAGAAAACAAUAACACUGAAGCAAUCGGUUACAAGGUAAAGAAAUGUCCAGCGGAUGGCAAUUAUAGUUUAUGGUGGAGAAUAGGCAUUUAUGCUACCAUUCCAAUAUUUAUUUGCUUUUUCAUUGCUGUGUGGGCUUGGAAAAACAAUCAUUUCUCAAAAUACUGUUCAUACGAACAAAAAACCGACAGUAAAGACGAUUUGUUCGAUUCAGAAAGUGCCUUUUACACCGACAACGAGAAACAAGAGCAAGUAUCACAGUCAGUGAAUUCUAUUAUUGAAGAAAAUGAAUAUGUGCGAGGGCCUAAACGGCAAUCUGGGCCUCCGGUUCCACUACGUGGGAGCAGCUAUGGAGGAGUUCUGGAAUCUUCUGAAGAAAGUUCUGCUACUGAAAUUUUUAACAAACUGAGCAUCCAAUCUGAAAGUUCAGGCAAAGCAAGUAAAGAACCAAGAAGCCAUGAAAAUUCAAUCAAAAAGAGUCGACCUCACAGGAGAUCCUUUUAUAAUGAUGCAGAUUCUAAAAAUGCAUUUGCAAUAGAAUCGAACGAAGCUCCAAAAAGGGAAAGUGAAGAACACUUCUAUGAUUAUGUAGCAUCUUCUAUCAAAAUAAAUCGCACUCAACUGAAAGAAACCUAUUUGUAGACUAAAAAAUUUUACUUUCACCCAUUGCUUUGUAACUUUUAAUUAACAUUAUUAAAACUAAGUUAUGUAUGAUAUCAGGAAAUAGUAUUCAUUUAUUUCUAAUAAUUAUUGGUAAUAGUUACUGACUUUUAAUAUUUGCAAAACUAUUUUUAAAAAUUAGUGAUACAAAAAAAUUUCUAUUGAAACUGCAUUCUGUUUGAAAUGCAGUCUGUUUUCAAGAAUAUUAAUCAAAAAAGAUAGUUUUAUUUCCGUAUUUAUUUUGAAAACAAGAGCAUGACGAUUGUGAAGUUAAGAGGAGUUUUAUAAUAUAAAAUUUCUUUUUGAAUUAGACUUGAUCCAAACAAGUGCUUUCUUACUUGUAAUAAAUCUGUUACAUAAUGAAAGAAAAGCUAAUUAAUAUGUAAUUACAAUACCUUUUUUUUUAUUUUUUGAAAAAGUUAAAACCUUAUUCAAUGCAACCACUUUAAUUAAUUACACGUAAGGUAGAUAUAAUAGUUAAAACUACAAAAAUUAAUUUAAACCAAAGUUAGUUUGAGCAAAUAUUGUUUUGUUCCAUAGCUCAUUUAUUUAUUUUUUCAUACAAAAACGGACCCGGGGAAGAACAGUGACACAACUCAAAAAAAAAAAAAAAAAAAACAGCAAGGGAGACAAUCAAGGUUUUACACAAUAGUAGUUGAAAUGAUUUGGUUUCUAAUCCUAAUAGCCAAAACCACUGAUCGAGGAACGCUCUCACCUCACCAGUAAUGAAACUUGCGCCAUAGCAUGCGUGACAGUACUAUUUCAAUGUUGAAGCACAAAAAAUCCAGUAAGUUAUUUCUAACUUGAAAACAUUUAAACAUUUUUUGGCAAUGUUUGACAUGCAGGGAAAUGCUUUAUUUUGACAAGGUUGAACCAGAUUCAGCAACUUAAUUCUUUUACUGGUAAGACUGUAAUUUUAGGAGAAUGAAGGGGAAAAAAAUUGGUCAAUGAUUAAUGCUAUUUAUUGAAUGUAGAAGAAAUUUUCACUUGUCAUAUGUUGACAGACGUAUGCGUAAAACAUUUAUAAUGUGAUUUUUACUGAUUAAUUUUUGGUGUCUAAAUUAACAAUGAACACUUAAAGUUCAAAAAUAUUUCUUCUAAAUUAUGAAAUUAAAAUGAUGUGCCUCUAUUGAUUAUUUUGUUUUUACACCACCGCUCACCAGUUACAUAAGUUAACUUUGUGUAAGUUUUGUGGCAAGAAAAGGCAUUAAAUUUAAUUUUUAAAUCAAUAGCCAGUGAGCCAUUCCACUGUCAUGGGAAGGACAAAUCAACUCGAUAAUUUCACCAACAUUUUGUUAUAGAUCUUAUUUGCAUACAUCACAUGCGGAACAUCCAAAGUCAACUUCUGCAGUUUGCUGUUAGCAUUACUUAAUAUUUUUGCUCUAUUAGUAUAGCAAUGACAAAACAAAUUGUAGGUUUUGAAAAUGAAUGUUAUAACGUAAAGGAAAUAUAUCUCAUUUGUUGAGACAUAUUAAUUUAAACUGCUAAAAAAAUUAUGGUUUUGGCCAUUCCACUGAAAAUGGUCAUUGUGCUCCGCGUGUGACGGCUCCUAUAUUAUCAUUAAAAAAAAAGAAAGAAUUUUAAAAGGUAAGGACAAAAUGUUUUGCUUAUGAACUCACACAUACGUUUGUGAUUUCCUAAGCAACAACAUCUUGCUCAUUACCCCUCUAAAUUAAUAUUUUUAAUGAAAUGUACGUCACCUGUGGGACAAAAUUGUCGUUUUCCAUGGAAUGGCUCUAGUACGUUUUCCACAAGUUUUGUAUUGUGUCACUUUCCUUGCCAGGGUGCAAUAUGAUCUCAAACAAAUACAUCAAACAAAUUCAUUUAUAUAAUGAUAAACCAUCUGAAUAACAUGCAUAACAUAUCCAGGGCCGGAUUUAGGGGAGGACAGGCUGAGCUACUGCCCCAGGGCCUCCACAAGAAAGGGGGCCCCAAAACAAAGUUUUUACAAAAUAUCCUAACUUUCACGGAUCGAAAAUGUCGGAUAUAUACGUAUACAUAUCAAAAUAUUUGGAUAUACACAGCUCAUCAAUGAAAAUGCAACACCAAGAAGGAGUGUUCAGAAAUUUAUACAAAUUUUAAAGUAGACAUACAUCAAUGAGUUAUGUAAAUGAUGUAAAAUGCACAGCUCUCCGACGCACGUGAAGUAAGAUAUAAGGGAAGGAACUUGCAGAAUAGCCAAUAUUCGUGUCGUUAUUUCUGACUGGAGAAUUAUCGAGGAAAUUUUGUUUUUAUCUUGGAGGAUACGUGUAACACGAGAGAAUGCCAAUGAAGGCACUUCCAGCAGAUAGACGAUUUUACGAGGGGUAUGGUGAUCGGACUGAGAAGGGGAGGUUGGUCCGUAUGUCAAAUCGCAGCUGAUACCCACAUGGAUGCAAGCACGGUGCAUCGGCUGUGCCGAAGAUGGUUGGAACAACAAAAUGCGGCAAGAUUGAGGGGUGCAGGGGCAGCCAGAGUGACACCAGAAUGCGUGGAUCGACGCAUCCACCGACAAGCUGUAGCAGACCCACAAGUCACUUGUUCCUCUAUUCUGCAGCAGGUGCAAGAUACCCUGAAUGUUCCCGCGUCAACCAGAACCAAUUCCUGGCUUUUGGUCGCACGUGGUCUGCAAUCACAGCAUCCGCUAAGAUGACUGCAAUUAACCCCUCAACAUAGACUGCAACGUUUAGUAUGGUGUCGGACUAGAGCGACAUGAAUGACAGAAUGGCGAAAUGUCGUGUUCUCAGAUAAAUCCCGCUUCUUUUUAUCCAGUGAUAGUCACCACAUACGUGUGUGGCGUCGACGUGGAGACUGAUCUAAUCCGGCAGUAACUGUGGAACGUCCCACUGCACGAUGACGUGGCAUAAUGGUUUGGGGCGCAAAUGAGUACAAUUCCAUAUCACCUCUAGUUCGUAUUCAGGUCACUAUGACGGCCCAACGAUACUUGAAUAAUGUACUACGGCCGGUGGCAAUAACCUAAUGCAAUUUUCAGCAGGAUAACGCCCAACCACACAGUGCUCGCAUAUGCCAACAUGCUCUCCAAGGCACACAAAUGCUUCCCUGGCCAACAUACUCUCCUGACCUGUCAUCAAUCGAACAUGUGUGGGAUGUGAUUGGACGCCGUUUGCAGACUCUGUCCCUGCCUUGUCCAGAAGAUGAAUUGUGGCAAAUGGUUGAAAGGGAAUGGAGAGCCAUCCCUCUAGACACCAUCCGAACCCUUAUUGACUAUAUGCCUAGACGUGUUUCUUCGUGUAUCGCUGUCCGCGGUGGUCCAACAUACUACUGAGUCGACGCCGUUCUCGCUCUGCAUUCUGCCAAUCAUUUUGAAAUUAAGAUCAUUUAUUAUUCCUUGCUGUCUCUUGUUAAUUUUCCAAAUUUCAUCAUUUUCUGAUCAC